GGAGGCACACGCACACACACGCUCUCGCUCCUCCAUGCCAAGUUUCCCAACAGCGUCAUUAGUUCACUCCUCUGUUUAGUGUCAUCUGUUUUAGGAUACAUACGUAAAGUGUUCAUCCGUUAAGCAAUGAAGCCGGACGAUCGUUUGAAAUGAGUUUAAUUCCAGUGGAUAAAGUUUUUUUUUAAUUCUGUUAUUAAUAGUUAAACGGUCGGGUGAUUGUAAAAGUCAAGUGGACGGAGGUGGACAUUAAGACCGUCUUUGGGACGUUGUACUGCCCGGAAUUAAGAUGGCCGGCGUGGGCGUGGUGGCGGCGGCGUGGUGUGUGUUGGCGUGGGCGGUGGGCGUGGUGAGCCAGCGUGCGCCUUGCUAUCAGUGUGAACUGUAUAGGGAGACCCACCCACACUCUAGCCCCUACACCGCGAUCCGUGCCCACUGUGUGUACCCUUGCGGGUGUGGCACAGUGCCGGAGUGUGGCCCGGGAGUGCCACUGGUGCGGGACGGCUGUGACUGCUGCUGGCAGUGUGCUAGACAGGCGGAAGAACCUUGCGACGGUGCCACCGUCUGCGAUGUCUCCAGGAAUCUCAGCUGCAUCUACAACAGCACCCAGGACCUUACAGGGACCUGCCAGGAAGUGCACCCUGUCCGCUGUACCGUCAACAACCGCACCUACGACGAUGGAGAGUCCUUCACUCUGGACUGUCGCACCCAGUGUACCUGUCAGAACGGGACGUACGCGUGCGUGUCGCUGUGUCCCAGUGAAAGCAUCCCGCCCAGCGCCCAGUGCCAUAACCCACACCUGGUCACAGUGCCAGGCCAGUGUUGCAGGGAGUGGAUGUGUGACACCGACCCAGGUAAGGCUGUGGGUCCCCCAGAGUGCGAACGAGGGUCCGGCAAGUGGUCCCGGUGUUCACUAGAGAGCUGCGGCGCCGGCGUCUCGGUCCGCUGGUCGACUGACAACGCCCGCUGUCAACUGAUCAACCAGACUCGUCUGUGUCAACUGCGGCCGUGUCAGGACCUCCGCCGUCAGCAGCUGACGACGCCCCAACACCAGCCCGGCUAUGUGCGCGCCUCCAGGAAGCACCACAUAAGGCGCGGGCACACGUGCAAGGCGACGCAGAGGAACGUCAAGGCGGUACGUCUACGCGCAGGUUGGUGCGUCAGCGAGCGUCGCUACAGACCCAAGACGUGCGGCGACUGUCCUGACCGCUGUUGUACCGUCCACACCUCAACUACCAUCUCCAUCGCCUUCCUGUGUCCCCUCCACGCCAACACCAACCUGCUCCCCGCCCCCCACGCCGCCCUCACCGGUGCACGCCCUCACGCCCACCAGCCCUCCACGCCCUCUCCCAGCGUGUACGACAUGAUGGAUGAAGGUCAACCGGUAGAGGAGGCUGUUCUCACCUCCCCACAGCGCUCACGCCGCGCCCACAGAGUCUCUCACGACAUUAACUUCAUCUACGACGACCUAAACACCGGCGACAACCCCCAGGACAACGAAGACGACCUAAACGACGAGCCUCUACUUGAACACGAGAACCUGACGGUGGAGGACGACACAGAGUAUGACGACAUUAAGAGCGACAACUACGAGAUUGUCCACUACCAGGUGGAGUGGAUCCUAAGGUGUAAGUGUAGUGUCACCUGCGACACCCACGACCCCGCCAAUGACACUCCUCCACCACCCACAGCAACCCAACGUGCCACAGAAAAGCGAACGUAACGACGAGGCGUCGUUGACAACUAAAGGCCUUCACUAUUUGCCGAGCAAUGCACUCUCGAACUCCCAAGGGUCUCGAACUUCCUAAAGACCACAAACUUACAAGGGCCUCGAACUCCCAAAGACCUUGAACUCUCAAAGACUCUUCAAAGGACUACGAACUCCCAAAUACUACGAACUCCCAAAGGUCACGAACUCCCAAAGACCACGAACUCCCAAGGGCCUCGAACUUCCUAAAGACCACAAACUUACAAGGGCCUCGAACUCCCAAAGACCUUGAACUCUCAAAGACUCUUCUAAGGACUACGAACUCCCAAAUACUACGAACUCCUAAAGGCCACGAACUCCCAAAGGCCACGAACUCCCAAAGGCCACGAACUCCCAAAGACCACGAACUCCCAAAGGCCACGAACUCCCAAGGCCUCGAACUCCCAAGGCCUCGAAGAAUGAAAUUUGCGUAACAACACGGCACCUGACGAAGUCACAGCUGCGACGAAUGAGUCAGUGUAUUUCGUGCUGUUAUUAACAACCUGUGUUUCUCUGGUGAAUCCUCAGCACAUACAUCCAGAAAAUGUAAGCAAGGAUCAUAGAAGUGUACAUAUAUAUAUAACACAUGGAUGUCUAAUAAUGCUUGGGCUCUAAUGUAUGUGUUCUGAGGUGCGUAUGCGUUUCUGGCAAGUAGUGUAUAGCAAAAGAUAUAUUUACGACGCACUAAAAAAGUAUACAUAUCUGUGCGUCUCCAAUGAGUCACCAAGUGCAAUUGUUGUUCUGGACAUGUAGUGUAAACAUGUCACCGGAACCUCUUCCCCUUCAUGCUGCUGAUUUUCCCCUAAAAGUUGUGACAUAAACUAUGCUGAUGUGUGUGUCGAUAUAUGUAUCUAGUUAUAAUAAAUAAAAAUAUACUCUAUAUUUUAUAUAUGUGCUAGCACGAUUGUCAGUAACUCGUAGUGUUUACCAUGAGGUAAGAGAUUGAAUAAGUAAAAUAUUAUACACUUUUGCCUAUAAAAUUGGGAAAAUAAACGCAGGUUUGGACGCACAAGGAUAUUUAA